UCGCUCUCGCCACUCCGCUUUCGGCAGUCGGCGAAGCUCAAUCAUACAACAGUCUGCACUCCGCCGUUUAUGUCGCCGAUGUAGGAACUGACAGAAAACUGAGUGAACUCUUUGCAAAUCAAUGAUAUUAACACUUUAUAUGUCUUGUUAAGAGAUUUAGACCGGUCUAAACACUUCAGACAGGUACAUGCUCCUGAAGUUCACUUAUCUCCAUCUUGCCCGCAGUAUCCCUCUCGCAUCUGUCCAGAUCCAUCCGUGGGUACAAACUUCGAUUUACCACCUCUUAAACGCGACGCCAGAGAGCGAACUGCGGUUUCUCGUUGGCACCAUGUCCGCCUUGACGCCUGCGUCUUCGACACACCUGCUGUCCAGCACUGACACCAAAGAAAGUUCACCAUCGCUGCUCAGGAUCGUUGUUGUCGGUUCGCCGGUCAUUAUCACUCUGGCUCGCAGGACGUCCUUCCAAUCUAGCUCCACCAGCGCCUCGAGCGUUGUCAGUGAAACAAGGCUUUCGCAUCUCUACAACGAUAUGGGCGCCGACAGUACCCUGAUCAUAGCGAACAUUGAUUCGCAAGCUAUAACACCCUCAAGCCUACCUGCUGUAGCUGCUCCGUCAUCUUCGCUUCAAGGCCACUUGUUUGCCGACGUUCAGUUGACCUCAACACAACUCAACCCCGUCACGACAUCCAGUUUAACCGGAACGUCUCUGCCCACGAGCACAGAUAAUGGAGACAAACCACUACUUGAAGACACCCUCAGCGCAUCACGCUUUACCGCGGUUUCGAUUGCAGCAAUAUUUGCAGGCCUCGCGCUCGUUGGUGCGUUGCUCGCAUACAUGUACUUCCGGAGAGGCGUGAAGAAGAGGAGGGGUUCGGCAGGGAUGAAGUGAGACAGCACAUGGUAUAUGACGAUGGUAUUUCUUCGUUGGAGGAUACUGUGCACUCACGGCACGCAAGCCCUGGGGCUUCUUUGAUUUGUCACUGAG